AUGUUGGCCUCAUCGCCAAUGUUGACGUCAUCUACAAAACGUCGAGAAAUCGAGCUAAACACACAUCGGAGUGACAAAUUUGAACAGAAUGACAUCGUUGUGGACGCACUAGGGAAUGUGCUCAGUGGCUCACCCGAAGCACUGAUUGCUCGUUUAUUACCUACUCGCAACAGCACGGCGGAUACUAACUAUAUGUUCAGUCUACUACUUAAUUUACGUACCGUAAUGUCACCGGAAGAACUCAUGCAGAAGAUUGUACAGCAAUGCAUGUUCACACAAAAUGCGGAUGCGGUUAAUUUCUGUCGUGAAGGUCGAGAUCGUAUGUUCUCCCAUUUAAUUCGUCUUUGCCGUGAAUGGGUUACCAGUAUACCGCACGACUUCAGAAGUGAACAUAUGCGAACCAGAUCGUAUUAUUUGAUUAACGUUCCGACUAAAGGUUUCUUCUUUGCCAGACUGAGUGAACUGCUUGGAAUGUGUGCUGUUGAUCGAACGUACAAGCAAAGAGCAGCUGAAUUGGAGGCGUCCCUACGUUCCACUCUCAGCAAAUUGGAUCGAUAUAACAAAGCCGUUAAGAAUCUCCAGAAGACAUUGGCCGAGAGCACACAGCGACCAGUUCAAGCGGAUAUUCUGUGUGGUCUAAUUACGGUCUGUGAUGAACCGAAAGUGAUCGCCCAUCAACUGACCCACAUUGAAAUGGAGCGAUUCAGUAUGGUAGGAGUCGAUGAAAUUUUGCUGGCACUGGCGAAUAACGAUCUGGCUGAUUUGGGACGAAAUCGGAAUGGUCCGACGGGUUCCAUCGCCUUUUAUAUAGAAUGGUUCAAUCGACUUUCCUCUUUUGCCGCCACAGAGGUACUGCGACAGCUGAAAAAGAAGCACAGAGUCGAGGUAAUCGAGUACUUUAUCGAUGUGGCCAAAGAGUGUUGUGAAAUUGGGAACUUCAACAGUCUCAUGGCUAUUGUUGCUGGACUAUCACUCCCGGCUGUCACCAGGCUGAAACGAACUUGGUCCCGUGUGGAAAAGUCCAAGCUGGAGAUUCUUCAACAUCAGUUAGAUCCUACUGGAAACUUCCUCUCAUAUCGAGCAACCAUGAAAGCCGCUCAAUGGCGAGCUGAGACUGUCGGUAGCUCUCAGAAGAUUGUGAUACCAUUCUUUGUGUUGCUGUUGAAGGAUUUGUUUCUCGUCUAUCAUGGCAGCCUUCGAACGCUUCCCAAUGGCCAUCUGAACUUUGUGGCUUUCUCUCAAAUCUCGGAGCAACUACGGUCAGUGGUACAAUGGAAAGCAGCUCAUUGUUCGUUCCCUAAGAACGCAUCUGUUCUACAGUAUCUGCUGGUUUCACUGCUCUACAGUGAGAGAGGCCAAGGACUUUAUAAGCAAAGGCUCCGAGCAGAGUCCAUGCUGGCGUCAUUCGAAUGUGAACCGGCCGAGAGCAAUUCUGAACGCGAACAACUAAAGAAGCUGAAAGUUCGCUGA